AUGGAGAGGAGAGCGACGAGGGGAAGCACAGCCCACCACAGGCGAAUGCGGACGGCGCCUGCGCCGGCGCUGGAGGAGCAGAAGCAGGAGCGCAGCGGGGGCCUAAACUGCCAGAGAACGCCGCCGGCGCCGGGCUGCUUCACCAUCCAGCUUGUCAUCGUAUUCCUCUGGGCGGCCGCCUCGCUCGCCAUCCUGCCGCUCGUGCUGCCGCCGCUGCCCCCGCCGCCGCUCUCGCUGCUGCUCGUGCCCGUCUGCCUGCUCGCCGUCCUCGCCGCGCUCGCGUUCGUGCCGCUCGACGCCCACAGCAACGUCGUCGGCUCCUCUUGUUUGUAA